AUGUCGAAGUUCCUAAAGCCAUUGCAAGAGUUCAUUGCCUCCAAGGCAGAUUUUAGAAUUGUUUAUUCCACUGCGUCAUCAUCGGGUUCUACCAAUGCACCAGAAUUCAUAACCACUUCAACACAACGUGUUUGUGUACUUGACUCAUCCUUCAAUCCCCCUCAUUUGGCUCAUUAUGCUAUAAUUGAAGAACUGUUGAAGUCCAAUUAUGACGGUAUUCCCAUAAACAAUAAGGUCUUGCUUUUGUUACUCUCGGUACAAAAUGCCGAUAAAGUACACCCGCAACCCGAGUCAUUUGACCAAAGAUUAGAGAUGAUCCAUUUAAUGGCCAACCAUAUUGCUGCUAAUUUUCCAAUUACAGUUGCAAUUGGGUUGACAAAGCAAGCAAUGUUUGUCAACAAGUCAUUGUCGAUCCUUGAUUAUCUUGACGCACAACAACAAACAAUCAAGCCAGGGUUUAAAUUGACGUUUCUAAUUGGGUUUGACACUUUAAUUAGAAUACUUAAUCCUAAAUACUACUUGCCGGACAAGUUGUCCAUUUCAUUGGAACAUUUUAUGAAGAUGACGGAUUUAGUUUGUUUGACCAGACAUAGUGAAACAGUUACUAUAAACCAACAACUGGUUUAUGUAAAAGAAAUAUCGCUUGGUAAACAUGAGGAAAUCCCUAGUCAUUGGUCUAACAACAUCUUUUUGUUGAGAAAUAUGAAUGAUAAAGUAGCCACUUUUAGCAGCUCAGGUAUAAGACAAGAGAUAUUGCUGGGGAACCCAGGGUGGGAGAAACAGGUUUUGCCGGAGGUUGCCAAGUACAUUAUUGACAAGAAUCUUUAUAAAGAAAGUUAA